CAGCCUUUUUCCCGCCACACGUCAAUUUUCGUAAUGUUUGUGAUUGUUACAUAGAUUUUAUCCCAAUUUAUUAGCUUUUCAUAUAGCAAAAGAUGACUUAAAUAUGGGAAAACCUAAUAUUCAUACUACCCAACACACCCACGGCAAUUGAAAUACGGAAUGACCGCCUGUAUUCAGGCCGUUCAAGGUCGUUGAAACGAAACGGCGGACAGAUUUGGAGGGGUUUACCGUUUUUUGGUAUGGCAACUUGGACCGAUACAUAUAUGUUCAUGGUCCUAAGUUGUAGCUAACUGACUGACUGCGUUGAUAAUCCUGGACACUUAACUAGAAAGUCUCCCCAACCUAAAUUAGAUUCCAAAUAAAUAUAGUUGAAUGGGAGUAAUAAUUAUAGAGCGAUUGCUGUAAGUUUGUAAUGUAUACACAAGGAUAUUCUAGUCUUCCUCAUCUACUUGCGCUGACAAGCCAAAAUCGACCUGAGAGUGUGUCACAACAUAGCCUGCAUGAAACAUGCAUUAAUUCAAUCUAUGGCCUGCUAGUACCUCCCCUUCGAAGAGAUUCGUAAGACCUGGUCUUAGGUUCCACUCGUAUCUGCGUGACUAGCAUGUGCUUUCAAUCUGUUCACUUAGGCUAUAAAAAAGUGGUACCACUCCCUAUCUGCACAGAAACUGCCCUAUCCGUUUAUGGAGGUUUAAUUUCAAAGGUAUCUAGCAGGACAUCAGGAGUUUUUCUAUGUCGACUCUUCUUGCUUUAAGUUGAUUAGCAUGACGUACCAAAACUUUCGAGCCGAUUGACUCUUCAUAAACAACAUUUCAUUUCCUUUGUAUGAUUAAACCAGCUAUCGAUGUAGGAUGUUUGUCACGGCAGUCCAUAGCAAAUAUUUUUUGACCCACAGUAAAUAAUAGUCUUUAUCUUCAUGAUUUCGAUUGAAUUACUUCCCCAUCGAUCUGUUUCGUUGAAGUUGAAGGAAUGGCACCGGACAGAUGGGAUCGAAAUGGUUAUGUACUUUUCUGAUUAGUAAAGUUCUUGCUGGAGAGACCCCGUCAUUUUUCUGAGGAUUCGGUUUAUAGCAGUAGAUGAGCAUGAACCUUCCUAAAAUCUCUUCGAUGACCGCCCCCCCUUUGAUUUCUGUAGAGAGUUUUUUAAAUGUGGUAAUAAAGCGUUCGACUUGGCUCCCAGGAUGGAAUGUAGGUGUUUGAACGUAAUUUAUUCCGUUCUGCCGACAGAAUUCUAGGAAGAUAGCGGACGUAAACUCUUUCAAUGUCGCUAACUAUUAACCCUGAAACCCUGAAAGGGUUAAAUAGGUGACUUAGUUUCUUGAUUGUGCAACCUGAAGUUAGAUGUUCCAUGAGAAAAAUUUCUGGCCGCUUCCUGUACGCAUCAACUACCAGAAGGUCAGUUUGUCAAUGGGGUGGACCGACGAAGACCAAGUAUAUACGCUGUCACUGUGACAGGUGUUUGUCAUGAUUGCGGCUCCGCCUUCCGCGGUGCUUUCGUUGCUAAUGCACAUUUGGUAAACGAGUUGGAUAGUUCCUCCAGUUUGGGUGUCAAAGUGUGGAAGUAUGCAUAACUUCAUACUAGCGCUUCCAUGCGAUUUAUUCCAGGAUGUCCUGCAUGCAAUUGUUCAAACACUGCUGGUUGAAGCUUCUUUGGGGCUAUGACACGUUCGGCAAACAGAAAGCAGUCAUCAAUGAUUGAAAGAGAUAGUCUACGCUGGAAAAACUGCUGAUUCUCUGUGGAUCUGAUCUUUGAGGGCUACGCUUCUAGGUGGAACUUUCUAACUUCUUAUAGGAUUGAGUCUAGAAGAGUUCUUUUACUUCAUCAGGUGACACUGGUAAAUGUGCUUUCACAAUGGUGUGGUGACCAAGGUUAACCUUAAAAACAGGGGGAAAAUUUUCCAUCCCACUUGCCAUUAGUGCAGAUAUCGGGGUGUCCAAUGAUGAAUACUACACAUUACAGACAUUAUUGAUAGGUUUAGCCAAUAUUCCAGGCUUCUCUAACAUAUUUUUACUAAGAUGAAUGUUCUGUCGUUCUAUUAGAUAACAUAUUCCCUUACAGUUAAUUCUAUUAAAGAAAAAUUCUCACUGUAAUUCGUCAACAGGUUUUAACGCAGGGGAUCCUCACUCACGUUCUUCUCCAUGCUCCCCUAGUACACAAAUUAACUUCUGACUAGACAUGAAAUGCUACACAUAUAUGCUUCUUAAAUAGCCAGAAUCGCACAUAAUCCCAAUCACUACAUAAUCAACAAACAAUCGUUGAUUUGUUAUGGGUUGUUUCUAAUGUUCUUGGCUCUUGGUUUGAACCUAGUGAUAUCGUUGAUACUACUGCAGGUGAAAUUCAUAUUUACCUGUUUGACUAAUUUAUUGUCAUGUCUGACGUUUCCCAGCCUUGUACAUCCAUCUCUUAGAGUCUUGAGUGUGCCGUUUGGAUCUUAAUUUAGUCGAGUCAAGAAACUAGUCCUAAUCUCGACAUCUUAAGAGCUUUGAUGAAUAAUAGGCACUUAAAUUGAUCCGCCAUUAAUGAGUUUAAUUCGAACUGUUCACACUCAUUGCUGAAAUCUUCUUGAGCACCAUAAUCGUCGGCCUCACGCUUCACCAAAUUUAGACACUGAUAUCGAAUACUAAACAAUAAAGAUGGCUCAUCAAAUACCUUUAAAAGUUGGGUUACCCUUUCUUCGAAACUGAAAUCCCGAGGUAAUUUUGGCAAUAUGUAGUCAACUUCAUAUGUAUGUUCAUUGCUUUCCAACUUGCACGUCAACAGUCGGGCGUUUCACGCGUCAUAUUGUUUGCAGAGCUGUAUUCUAAAUGUAUCUUCCCAACUCUUGAAUCACGUGGUGUAGGUACUUCAGCUCUUAGGGUUAUAACAGAAUUCUAAGAAUGCCGCUGGCAAAUGCAUCAUAAGCUGGGGUUGACAUAGCAUGUGAGCCUAAGCACUAAAUGUUAGGCUGUUGUAUAAGUUCUUAAGAGAAGCAGUCUUCAAUCUUUAUCUUCGUAAUUUGUAUUUCCAGUUUCUUAUGCUUGAUUACUUCUAGUUAUCAGUAUCAUUAAUUUUAUCUCAUUAUUUGCUAUUCUAGUGACUUAAUGUCGAUAGUCCAGUGUAAAGUUUGGCAAAUUAUACCACAGUGCAACUACUUUGUAUCUGUUCAUCUUGUUUUCCCAAUGUUUUUCUGUUUUUUUCUCAUUUGAUCGAUACGUGCUUUUAAAUUGCAUAAUGAGACAAAUCCAUUUACAUUGUGAUGCUUCAUGUUUUUCUACUUAUCUAUCAAAGUUCGCUUUUACAAUAUCAACUAAGUAAUCGAUUUCUGUCGUGUUUGGUGAACUAACUGAUUCCCUUUACUACUAAUACUAUUGUUAAACUCUAAUUUUGUUGGGGAUAUAUGGUUUAACAAAAUAUAACUUUUCAUUUAAUUACAGGCUUAAUGCAAAAUAGCAGUACCUACUUCUCCUACUGAUAAAUGAGUUUGUUCUUACCAAGAGGUUCUUAUGUGUUUUCGGUAUCGACAGCCACCAAACUUCGAGCUGAAUGGCCAUAUAUCCAAAUAAAUAUUACACAUUCAUAUUCAUCAACUGAUAAGUCAUCUGAAUUUGAAGAAAAUACUCCGACUCGGAAACUCUCACCUGAAUUCCAGAAAGCUGUUUCCCAUGGUCCAAGUCUUUCUGAAUUUACCAAGCUAGGCAAUAACAAUCAGUCAAUUAAAGAUUUCUUCAGUUCCCCGAGUUCAGUUACUAAAUCAGAAAAACGCCUCCGUCUUCCAGAAUGGUUAAAGACUGAGAUACCAUGUGGUGGUAAUGUAGCGCGUUUGCAAAAGCAGCUGCGUUCCCUCAAUUUACAUACCACCAUCCAUACUUACGGACUACAAGUAUUGUGGUGUGUGCUACUGGUGUCGACAGAUAUAAGUAGUAUGCAUCAUCAAUCGAAAGUGAAAUGUCUGGAGGCAUAAGGUUAAGAAAAUCAAAGAAAAGAGAACGAGAACGAAGAAUGAUUGGUGUGGAAACGAAAGAACAGUGAAGUCUGAGACGAUUGACUGAUAUUCGCAAAAGGAACAGUAGUUUGAGAUGAUUGACGUUUUGCAAAUUAAGUAUUUACUGUAUGGUUCUCAGAUUUUUCUAAGACGUUCUGUAAUUUUGUGUUCAAAUACAUUCGAUUGUCCCACUUGUGUUCUCGUUUACUACAGCAUGAGUUAUUUUGCGUUUACCAUUUAUACAAUAUAUAUACAAAUUAAAAUAUUAAAUCUCGCAACGUUUAUAUUGGGAAAAAUUUAAGUAUAGCCCUUUGAAGUUUUCAUCAAUUGAUGUUCGUCUUCGAUAUUGUAAGAAUCAAAGGGAGUUAGAGUCUUCAUAGUUUCUUUGUUUAUUAUAGGUUUGUGAAGAAGCUCGAUGUCCUAAUAUUAGUGAAUGUUGGACUGGGGGAAAGUCUACAGCCGCCACAGCUACAAUUAUGGUAAGUGUGUCUAUGAACGUGAAACGGCUUAGAAAUAAUGAAGUUUAAUGUACUUAGAUGACGAACAAUAAAUAACACAUUUUCCGUUUUAACCGAAACUGCUUAUUUUUGUUAUACAUUUAUGCUAGUGAAUAUCUCUGUUUUCAUUUUUACCAGAAUUCAUCAUCUAUCAACCUAAAUAGCAGAUAUUAAUUCAGUAGGCCCCUGAUUUGCCAAUUGUAUCUCUUUUAAAGCGUUUAUUAUUUUCUGGUUAGGCUUGUUUUUCCUCGCUUUCCUGUCUUUCGUGGAUACUGAGAACAAUUCGGAAACGUGUUAUCAAAUGUAACAAUCGCAUAAUAUAUCUCCGAUUUCGCCAUUUUGAGGGUAAUUUAUAUCGGGUUCUGAAAAUAAAUUAAAAUAACAUGUCAGCAAGGAGAAUAACAUUAUUGUUCUGCGUAUUAACCAAUUUAUAGCCAAGAUCAUCAUGUUAUCUAAUAGGGAUAUUGAUAGCCAAAAUCAGUCUAGUAGAAUAUUCGACUCAAAGAUAAAACUAUUCUAUUCAUGAGUUUGUAGGUAUCAGUGCCAGGGUUAAACUUGAUGUUUUCAAAUAACUUGAGGAUUGGGUAGAUAGUUAAUAAUAAGUGUAUUUUUUUGUGAUAUCCGAAUGAGUAGAAAAUUGUGUUUUUGACCUUUCGUGACUGUGUGAGCUGCUUCACAGUAAAUAAAAAUGCUUAUUUACUCUGAAGAAGUAGCUUACACAAAGUCGCGAAAGGUCAAAAACACAAUUUUCUAAUCAUUGGAAUGUCACAAAAAAUAUAUUUAUUACUAUUCUACUUAGUUUGAUAAAAUAUGUUAGGUGUUAACGUAAGAAAUGUGUUUCAUAUCAUUUACACACAAUUGGAUCAGGUAGUUGAAAGCUAUUAAUGCUCUUCUUUCACUGUUUAUUAAAUUUCGUGAAAUGUAAAUGCUAAGGAUGUGAGACUAUUUAACCAAAAGUCUACCAGGAAUUCGCAAAUUUCUUUAUUCUCCGUCUGUUUCUCUAAGUUAUCUACUUAUUUGUAAAUCAAAGCGAUUAGUGUAAUGAGAUAACAAGAACUGCCUCACUUGAAAUAUCAUGAUAUUUGUAAGGAAUUGAUAAAGAAAUCAUAUAGUGCUAAUAAUAAUAGUAAUAAUAGGAAUCAUUAAAGGUAAUUGUUCAGGAAGGACAACAACUUAGAUGCCUUUCACUAAUUAAGAAUUUAUGAACUAAUAACACAACAACAACAGCAUCGUCACUCCGGCUUCGAGAUAUGUUCCAUAUAGUCUAGGAAUGCUGAGUAUAUUAUUAUUGGGACGUAAUCCGACUGUCAUAUGCUAAGACCAACACGCUCCACUUUUUGUUAUUUCACAGACCGGCCACUGUUUCCACUCAGUCCAGUAAUCAGCAAAUAGCACUUGACAUAGAACCUGCAGAGAUCUGUAAAAAGCUAAUCUGAGUGUUAUUUGUGAUUGGUGAGUUCAUAUUUUUGAACAUCAGCACUACACGGUGUCCUACUUACUCCUAGCAAUUUUUUGGAGAUCACGAUGAUAGGAUAUAGUUCGGUGACUCCAAUUUUCAUUAAUGUAAAUCAGAGCUGCGGAGUUGUAUCUCCGAUGUUUUACAAUAAGGUCAUUAUUGCUAAAUCUCUAAGUGUUCCCUAAAUGGAAGUGGCCUUCGCUACAUAGGUUAAUUUGUCCUCCACAUCAAUAUCUAUACUACCCAGAUUCCUGAGAUUGUUAUUCAUUUUCAUUCGCGUCUGCCAAUGCCAUGAAAGAGGCUCCCACUACUUUUGUGCAAAAAUCAUGGCAUGAUGACAAACGUUUGUCAGUUAAAGUAAUGUAUUUUAUCACUGAAUAUAGACCGAUUAUAGGUGGGAUUUUAACAUGGAGAAUAGCUACUUACAAAUAAUGAUAAUAUUUCAGGUCAUAUUUAUGAAUUUUAUACAUACCACUUCGUGACACCGUGAAUGCUUCAAGUUUUCUUGUUCAUACUUGUAAAAGCAUUAAACCACUGGAAUAAUCUAUGGAAUUGUGCGCACAUGUAGAGUGGUUUUCAAAAAGGGUGUAAAUGACUACUUUGAUGUAGAGCAUUUAAAAAUCUUUUGUGCAGAAAUCCCAUGAAAUUCACAUCAGAACUUCACGUAAUCUAAUUGGUAAACACGUCGCCAGCGUUGUCUUUCUUAUGUUGAUUAUCAGAGACCUAUUCAAUUUAACAGCCAUAUAGUUACUGUAAACAUGCACUUAUAUGAUCUCGGUGGUUAUUUAAAAGCAGGUGAAUUAUCUUACAAUCCGAGUAAGCUAUCCCAUCAUUAUAUUUCUUUACAAAAAUUGAGAAAUAACUAAAAAUGAUUAUUAAUGAACUGAACGAAUUAGAUUAAAGUAGUACCGUGUGGUUAAUAUUUAGAGAAUGAGUCAAUUUACUUGAUACAUUAAGCAGCAAGUAAUAUAUUAAAACUGUAUUUCGAACAUAUUAGGUUCAUUUAUUAUUUAGGAUAUCAAUAUUUUAACUAUUCUUCUUUAGAUAAUGGGUGAUACUUGUACUAGAGGUUGUCGGUUUUGUUCUGUUAAAACUUCAUCAAAUCCACCACCUCUUGAUCCAGACGAACCAGUAAAAACUGCAGAAGCCAUAAGCAAAUGGGAUGUAGACUAUAUUGUCAUAACAUCAGUUGAUCGUGAUGACUUGGGAGAUGGAGGGGCUCGACACAUAUCUAAAACAAGUAAUAUAUGUGUUAAAUUCUUUGUUCGUUCUAUUUUUUACCUAGUAAUGCAAGUAUUUUGUCAAUCAAGACAGUAUUCGCUGUUAGAUAUCAGUGACUUACUACAAAAUCCAUCUUAAAAACCAAAAAAAAUUAGUUAGCGCUUCUAGUAUAUAAUACAAAAUAUCCUUUCUUUUUCUGACCUUGAACUUAAGGUAGUUACCAACUAUUAUAAUCACAACGUUUCAUGACAGUGUCUGCCACUGAAGGGCAUACCAAAAUAGUACAUGAACUUAUACAGGCUCCGUACUUGAACACUGUUGGUAGAGUCAGAGCUUAUGACGAACUGAUUACUUCAAGUGGUGUUUGUCAGGGUUUUCCGCUUUUCUCACUAUUAUCUAACUUUGUUACAGACAUGCAUUUAGAGAUAAUGCUCUCCCCUUCUGACUUGUCAGUAUUUAUUCUUCUACCAGAAGGCUCACCUAUUGACUUAGAACUCGGAGAUGAGAUAGAGAUUGUUCUGUUUGGCUAUAAGACGCUUACAAAAUGUAGAGGUAUGUAACCGCUAUAAGCAACAAUGCAAACAUGUUUUGGAUGCGGUCCUCUCCCUCCAAAUGUAAAAUGUAACUUCAAAAUUGGCUUGCGUCAUCGCCUUAAUCAGUAAUAGGCAGUGAAGUAAUUGAGCGAAUCGAUCGCUUCAUUUAUAUUGCGAGUCUCGUCAGUCCUGAUAGGUUGACGUUUAACGAAACCUCACGUAUUUAGAAGGUUCGAUUGGUUUUUGCCAAAUUGUGUCACCUGUGACGCACGCGAGAUGUCCGUUCGGCAAGCAAAGAAUGAGUCUACUGCGCAUCAGUUCGCUUCGUUCUAAUCUAUGGGUGUGAGGUUAGACAAAGACCUCUAAGAACAAAUCGAAAAUUUUUUGAUGAGGUAGGAAUUCUUUUGAGGUGGCUGAGAUAUGUGUUACGUUUGUCCAACCACCGACUAUGUCGAUGCUAAGUGGUGUAGAUGUAGGCUGAAAGGAAACUAGAGGUGACCAAAUCAAGUCGUGACAUCAGUCCAUAAAGUCACUGACAACUGGACUGAGCUAUAUUAACGGAUGUAGAUUACCUGGUUGGGGUCCCCUUGAUUAUCAUAAUCAAUGGUUAGAGACUUUGGGUGAUAUGGCUCAGGUCGUCUCCCAGAUUAUAAGUUUUUAAAUUGCUCACCAUUUUUCCCUAAUUUAUACUUUCUUUUCGAGUGGUAUCUCGGAUGGCUAAUCUUUCCUACUACCACAAAUAACGUUACUACAUUUGGGACGGCUUCGAGAAGCAAGAUGAAGCCUCCAAAGGCUAAAAACGAGCCAAAGAGUUUCCAUCAAAUAGGAACCUGAUAGUCAGUCAGCUACAACGUAGGACCAGGCACAUACAUGCAUCGGUCCCAGUUGCAACACCUCAUUAGAACAAAAAGAUUGACACCAAAUCUAUAGAAGCAGUUACUUUAACGGUAGUAAUAAGAAACAUUUCUACACUUAAUGACCACGUUUCGCAGCCGUAAAGUAAAGCAGAACGAACUGCUGUGCAGUACACUCGUCCCUUAAUUGAUAUACAGUUAUCUAGCCUUCACCAUAAGUGACGUAAGUUGGCAAAAGCCAAACGAGAUUUUCGAAUUCGUGCAGAGAUUUUGUCAGACACCGACCCAUUAGGGCUGAUCAGACUCCCAAGAUAAGUGAAGUUUUCGAUGCGUUCGACUACUUCACUCCCUAUCCUUGGUCCAAGUAUUGACGCAGGCCAGUCCUGGAGCAACAUCUUGCAUUUAGAGGAGGAGAAACGCAUUGCAAACGUCCUGAUAUCGUUGCUCAAUGCUACCAAAACACUGCAUUUCAUCUGCGACUUCGCCAAACAGGAUUAUAUUAUCUGCGUAUUCUAAGUCGAUAAAUGGAAGGAGAUCAUCGCCCGGAGAUUCAGUCGACGAGAACGUUAUUUCUAUCAGUAGGUCUGUGAUGAAAUAGUGAACAGCCUUGAUGGACACCAUUUGAGUUUGAGAAAUCAGAUGAUGGUUUUCUGUAUGCUCUGGUUUGACUGGUAGUGUUCAAGUAAAGAGCCUUCACAAAGUUUAUGUACUUCUGAUUGAUGCCUUUCACUGCCAAAGAACUUUUCGGUUUACAGACUGGAAUGCUGCUUUUAAGUCAAGUAACAAUAUCAAUGUCGGACGCCAAUACACAUACUUAUGUUCUAAAAUCUGAUGAAUGGUGAAUAUGUCGUUGAAGCCAGUCUGAUUUUCUCGUGUUUGCAGUUUAUGGGUCUUUUUAAAUGUGAUAAUUAUUGAGGCUAGUAUCUUAGAUGCUAUAUUAGUCAAACUAAUUCCUCUAUGGUUAUCACAGGAUGAUUUCGACCCUUUCUUAUAUAUUGGGACAAUCAGUGAUUGUGACCAGUUAGAUGGGAUUACGUCCAACUCCUAGAUUUUAGUUAAUAUAUUAGUCAACGUAAUCGCUAAAAUUGGACUACAAUACAUAAAGACCUCUGGAGCCACUCCAUCUGGACCAUCUAAUCUUCCUCAUUUCAGAUUAACUAUGGCCUUUUGAAAUUCAGAUAGAGUCGGGAGAUCUACUUCAAUGUUCGAUUUAGGCUGUCUGGAAUGGUGGGUAGUUGUCAAGUAACUGAAGGCCGGCUGAACUGUUCCUUAAAGUUUUCCGCCCAUCGUUUUAAAUGUCUGACCUGAGAGCAGAUAAAAGCGUCGUCUUUUUUCGAGAUAGAGCUUUCUAGGAUAUCAACGUGGCAUGCUCCUAUUGGACUAUAGCAUAACUUGUCUCCUUGCGGAUUGGAUGAAUUACAAUGUUGUUAUAGCCAACGCCAAGCUGAAAAUUCAAUCGUAUGCAAAGUCUGCUUAUUUGUAUAGGAUUGUAUGUAGGCAAUUACUAUAAGCGUAAGUCCUAAAUAUGAUCAAGUAUUGAUAUUUCACUUCCAACUUACUGUAGGUGUUUUAGCUGAGUUGUAACACUAUUAAAAUACGUUCCACUCUUUCCCCCAUACUCACAAGUUACGAAUAAAAGUUUUGCAAUUAUUUUAUUUCCUAGUUCGCCAAAUAAAAGCACGUAAACCAUCAAUUAUAGUUGAGUGCUUAGUACCAGACUUUCAAGGGUGUACAGACUCUAUUCAUACAGUUGUUCGUGCUAGUCCCGAAGUAUAUGCGCAUAAUAUUGAAACUGUGGAGUCACUACAACGGUGAGUGUCUUUAAUCAAAAAUAUGAUUAUUCGCAUACACCAGCU